ACUCUUCUCAAUCUCCUUUUACUCUCUUCGCCACUCUCAACAUUUUGUCUAAUUGUUGUUGCUGUCUCACCAUAUCAACUAAUGGUUGAACAUCGUUUACAUUUUUCUGUGUUAAAUUAGUGGACUCUUCUUUACAUGCAAAAUAUUCAUCUUAUUUCUCCACUCUUUGGUUGACACUGUUCUUGGGAUUAAAAUCUCAUUCUCAUUUUGUGUUCUUCACACAGGGAAAUAAAAAGUACUUUUUUAUUCUCUGUUACCAUCUCACUUGUCCAUUACCUUGAUGAUCUCUAUGUAAAUUGUGAUAAUGUAGUCCAACCUUCCUUUAACUGUAUCGCUGUAAUUUAUCUGCUUUUCUUCCAACGGCCUUUCUUUUUUGCCUUUCUCUCAAUCUCUACCUUUCUCCUUAUUUUAGUCUUGUAUUUACUCUUUUUUCUGUCUUUCUCUUUCUAUCAUUCACUUUCUAUCUGUCUGUCUUUAUCCGUCUAUCACUUUGUCUCUUUUUUACUACCCCUUCACCGUCUCUGUGCCUGUUUUACCUGGUCUACUUACCUCUUGGAAAUCAAAAUCCAAUACCUGGUGAUAACCAUGAUAAUAAAUGGUCAUAAAAAUCCUUUCAAUCAUUUUUUACCAUUUUAAUUGUGACUUCCACCUUUACUUCUGUUGGUGUUUGUGCUCUUCUCACUCGUCUUUCCUCUACAUCUCUCAUCAUUUACGCUUUCAUUUGAAUACACACAAACACAUACACAAAAAUAUCAAACAAACAUUUGUUAUCAAAAGGAAAACAAAACAUUUUGAUAUUCACACUGUUGAUACUAACACGCCAAAGUGUUGAUGGGAAGACAAAAAGGAGAGCCCCUAAUUUGGCAUAAAAUUGAAGGCAAGCCCUGGCAAGCCAAAUAUCAAGUGGCCAAGAAACCAUUCAAAUCAGUGAAACGAUGGAAUGGUUUUAAUUUACAACCGUAGCUGUGAUUAAGUCUAAGUGAUUUUUUGUGUAUUAUAUGCAUACAUAACUAAAUAGAUGCUAAUCAGUCAUCGGAUUUAAAACGGAGCUUGAAAUCAAACCAUUAAACUAUCCAAAUCUCUCAAAGAGACUCAAGUUAAUAUCCAGCCGAUCAAUUCGCCAAAACCUAGUUCAAAACUAGAGAUCAACUUUUGUAUAAGAUACAUUAUUUUCACUGGUCAUCACUUUCCUGUUGACAAGAUUUUAGAGGAACACAAACUUGAUUAUCGCUGUAAAUCCAAUGUCUAAAGGACUCUUUAAAGGAAAAGUGGUUAUUGAGGAAGAAACCGAGGAUGACAGGGGAAAAGUUACGGACCAAUUAAACAAUUCUGUUGCAGCAAUUGACAUAGAGAGUCGGAUCGUUGUUGAGGAGAGUCUAUUUGAGACAGAAGACGAAGAUGAAGCAAGUAACAUUUCAAUGACUGUUGACGAUGAUGACCCUAAACCGUCCAGUAAAACCUUUAAACAAAACAAUAUCCAUGGUACCAAAGAGAGUUCAGUUGAUGAUUGUGGCUCUGAAGCUUUGGACCUGUCUUUCAUUCCCUGUUCAAUACCAUUGAAGAAGAGGAAAAUAUCAAGCUUACCAAAUAGUGAUAAUUCUUUGAAUGAGGACAAGAAAAAGUCUGAUCAUCAUUUUCAUCAAAAAAUUAUCACAAGGGAUACAAGUGCCUUCAACCAAUUAACCAACCACAAUCGUCUAAAUAGUUUCAACCUUCAGUCAAGCCACAAUCACUUUCCUUUUACAUUAAGGGCUAUGCCAAGUGCAGCCAGUUCAUCAACCAGUAAUUGUAAACCUCUUUCCCUAGUUAAAAACCAACAAGCCCAACAACCACAACAACAUUUCCAUCAUCAAAAUCAACUAAACUUUAACCAUCUCUAUCACCAACAACAGCACCAAAAUCAAAACAACCACCAUCAGUUACAGCAACAAAAGCUGGUUCAAUAUCAACAAAAUCAACAGAAACAAGAGUUUACCAUUGGUAAUAAAUCAACUGGCUUAGGGUCAUCAACAAGUGGACAAACAAAAGGAAUGAGCUGCAGAAGACCAGGUUUUAUUACUUGUUCAAUAUGCAACGCAACUAAAUACUAUUCACACGUUCAAAGGCGUUUUGGCCAAUACUCUUGUGAGCCUUGCUCUAAGUUUAUGAAGCGCUUCCUUCGAGAUCCAAAAAUUUUCACUUGCUCACACAAAGGUCAUUGUACAAUAGGUAAACCAUCAGGAGAGCAAGAACCCAGAGGAGUUUCUGUUAAUCGAUGUAAAGCUUGCUGGUUAAAGAUCUGUUUGGAAAAGUUUAUUCUUGAUUCAGAGACUAGGAUUGCAAUUGAUAAAUAUUAUGCUCCCAAAUUUUUGGAUUCAGCUGAUUCACCGACGUCAAAUGAUGCAAUUCCAGGUGGAGGAAGUGUUGAUGAAGGAUCUGAGGGUAAUACAGUUAAUAGUGAGGAAGGAGGUGAAGCUCGGUUAACUGGAAAGUCGGGUGUUGGUGAAGGUGAUGGUGAAACCGGAAAAUCCUUACAAUCCGCUCCUUGUGAUCGAAUUGAAACAAAUGGCUGUGAUACUACAAUAUCGCCACCACCGCUACCUUUUCCUCAGCGUAAAAGGAAACCCAAAAAUGAACUUGCAACUUCACUAUCCUCAUCAUCAACCUCAUCUUCAUCACCGUCAUCCUCAUCUUCUACUUCAAUUAAUCACAUGAAUACUAAAAAUACACCGACUACAGGUGAAAGCAUUCCACUUUCAACCAGUCAGAGCGGAAACCAUAGUCGAAAUAAAGAGAAGCACCAUCAAUCGCAAUAUCAUUCUUUGUCUUCUUCUUCUCAUCAUACUGAUAAUCGAUCCCGGGAAUCAUUAUCUUUUGGCCACCCAUCGACUGGUCAUCUUUUGACUGAACCUUUAUGUUUAACCACUUCUGGACGCCGGUCUGAUCUCUUUUCAUCUGGUGUCAUUGGUAAUCAAUCUUGCACUCCUCGCUCAUCUUCAUCCACAUUCGCUUCUGAUAAACAUUUAGGAUUAACACCAUUAGGCCCUCGUUAUCCUUGGAGUCAUCGGAGGAAAGACGAUUAUGAACUAACCAGCCCACUGACAACCCAAACAUCUCAGAAUAAUUUAAUCCAUCGAGGAAAUGACGAUGAUCUCAAUGACCUUUAUCAUGUUGAUUAUAGUCUUAACUCUCCUGAUUUGGUUCUUGGUGGAUCAUUUGGAAGUGUUAGUCAUUUCAUUAAAGACAUGAGUGGAGAUGCUGAUGUAGAUGGUAACUUCAUGGUCAUGGGAUCACCUUCAUCACCGCCACCACCUGCAGCUCGAUGUGGUAAAUGUAGCUACUGUUUGCCAACAAUUGAUGAAAAGGCUAAUGUAGUUGUUGUCAAGGAAAACUGUGGACCUGUUCGUUGUCGUCUGGCAGAGAUAAUGUCCAAGUCCAAUCAAAGUUUAUCCAACAACAAAGGCGUUGGCGAUGAAAACGGAGGUGGAGCAACACUGGUUACAUCAACAGCAAUAACAGCCACGAGUACGACGCAAGAAAAUGAAGGCAAUCCAAUUGGAGGUGAUUCAAAGCACAAUAAUAAGCGACCUGUGAGCACCACAUCAGAAGGAGAUGAAGAUAUUGUUGAUGAAGAUUAUUGUCAUGGUUCAAGCCAUGCUAGUAAAGGCCAAGGAGAGGAAACCGUGCAUUCAUCAACUCCAAUAUCAAGCUUAGUUAAUGUCAAUAAUACCAACAACCGACGAAACCGAAAGGAUAGAAGAGGGCACUCAAAAGGUGGAGGUGGUGGUGGCGAUGGUGGAGGAGACAAGGAGGAGAGUGAAAGUGAUAUUGGUAGUCAAGAAGGCAUGAUUAAUGGCGAUGAAAAUCUUGAUCAAGAAAGUCGAGAGUCAAAUAGAGAUGGAUACAGAAAACGUUUCGUUUCAGGUGAUGAUGAUGAUCAAGGUGUUUCAAUGCGAUUUCAUGGUAGCCGAUCAUCUAAAAGCAACAAAUCUGUUAUGUUUAAUAAGCCUUACAAGAAACUUCUAAUCAACGAGCAUUUUGUUAAUUCAUCGUUAAUCAAUAACCAAGCCAGUAAUAGUAACAAUCACAGUAAUCUAUUAUCAACCAGAGAUCUGGCUGGAUCUGUUAUAAGUCCAGAUUCAAAUUUUUUAAGUGAAAUUUUAAACGCCAAUUCACCUUUCCUAUGAAGCAAGAAAGUCCUUAAACCAAGCAACAACAAAACCCAACAAAAUUAACUAACACAACAUCAUUGGAAUUAUCAAGAAAUGGAGAAAAUUAUUUCAUGAUAAACGAAACGACCCAAAUUAUAUUGACAAGAAACACAGAGGAUAUAUUAAUAUAUAUAUAUUAUAAAUACAUUAUUUGAAAUUUAAAAGACAGAUUUAUCUAUUGCCAAUGAUUCAAAUUUUAAGUUAAAACAAUAAACAAUUAAGACAUUCUUUAAUUACUAAUAUAUAUAUACAUUUAUAAAUAUAUAAAUAAAUUUAUGUCUGUUUAUUGUGUGUCAACUGAGCAAAUUGUUAUAACAGAAAUUUAAUUUUUGAUCAAAUCACCAAUUUCUGUUAUUAUUAUUACCAUUUUAAAAGUUCAUCUAAUAUAUUUCUUAAUUGUUUACUCUUUUAACUUGAUUGAAUCAUUACCAUGAAUAACUAUUUCUAUUGCUAAUAAGGAAAAAGACAAUUUAUACAUUUCAAUUGUUAAUCUAAAAAAAUCAAAAACCCGAAACAAACCAAAAGCUAAAGUGAGUUAAAUUAUAAUUUAACAGCAAAUGUUUAAAGUCAUUUUGCUAUUGUUGUUGUUACUAUAUUUUGUCAAAUCAACAAUUGAGAUAAAUUCCUGGUCUGGAAAUUUAUCCUGACCAUAAUUGUUUUGCAGUUAAUUAAUUGCUUUUACAUACAA